AUGCUCGUGGCGCGCGCGUUUCAGGCUUUCUUCAAUGCUCCAGCGGGAGCCGUUGGUCCGGCCGUGGUUGUAGAGCUGUUUUUCGCCAAAGAAAGAGGCCAGAAACUUUUCAUCGGAUACCUUUUCUUCUCACCCGAAACCCGAUACAUCCGACAAGAGGCCAAUCCCGUCUCACCUACAAAGCCGACGCCGGUCCAGAAAUACUUGACAUUUGGGAAAAUACCCGGCUCCCAACCACUGCGACUAAGAGACUUUUGGUUGCCCUUUACGUCGCUUGCCAAGGCCAGUGUAAACACGACCGCUCUUGCGCACAUGGUCAUUUUCUGCUUCUGUAGCGUCUUGGUAUGCAUUGAGAUCCCGGCACUACUCGGCAGCAAGUUCAAUCUCAACUUCGAAGCUAUCGGCCUCAACUUCAUUCCAUUAAUAAUCGGAAAUGUAAUUGGUGAAAUUGUCAGCGGUCCACUCAGCGACUGGUGGCAGAAUCGAGCUAUCAAAAACGGCAUUCCGCCAUUACCUGAAAGGCGAUUGUGGCUAUUCUACCCAGCCCUCGGGUUCUGUUUUGCGGGAAUCACUGUGUUUCUGGUCACUCUAGAUCAGGCUACCGAGGGCAAGUGGAAUGUCCGCCCUGACAUCGGACUAGCACUUGCAGGACUCGGCAACCAGAUGAGCACAACAAUCUUAUUUACUUACGCUGUUGACAAGAACCCUACUCACUCGGGCGAAGUUGGAGUUAUCCUCGUCCUUGUCCGGCAGAUUUGGAGCUUUAUUGGUCCGUUUUGGUUUCCUAUUAUGUUCAGGUCUAUUGGACUCGGAGGUAGUGCCGCCCUGAGUUGUGGGCUUAUGGCAGUGUUCUCAGGUUUUGUCGUGGCAGGGCAGCACAUCUUGGGCAGCCGUCACGCCAAAUAA